AUGGGCUGGAAUACCUACAGAAGUAACUUCAAUGAAUCCAUCAUUAAAGAGGUUGCCGAUCUUUUUGUCUCCCUUGGUCUCCGCGAUGCAGGAUAUGAAUACAUCACGCUUGAUGGCGGAUGGUCAGCAUUGAACAGAACCGACCGUGGGCAGCGACAGCCUAAUCCUGAGUCCUUUCCCAAUGGUAUCAAACCACUGGUCGACUACGUUCACUCCAAAGGGCUCAAGGUCGGCAUAUAUUCUGAUGCGGGUUUGUUAGACUGCGGGUUUGCACCAGGAAGUUAUGGCUACGAAGAUGAAGAUAUUGCUACUUUCGCAGAAUGGGGUAUAGACUUUCUGAAGUACGAUAACUGCGGUGGCUUCCACGCCAACGUUGAGCCGCCUCAAGUUCGUUUUGGACGGAUGCGGGACGCCAUCUCUCGUUCUAAUCGCGGAAUGCUUUAUUCCAUGUGCCAAUGGGGCUCCCAGUUCCCUUGGUUCUGGGCGGACGCCGUUGGACACACCUACCGCAUGGCAGGUGAUAUUAAUGCAUAUUUUGGAGACGAGGCGGGACAUAAGGACUGCCAAUGUGCCAGCACAGCUUACUGUUUGAAUACAGGCUACGCAGGAUGCUCCGUUCUAGCAUACAUCCGUAAGAUGCGCGAAGUCGCACAAUUCCAGAAGCCUUUUUCUUUUGCUGACAUGGACAUGCUCGAGAUCGGACAAAUCUCCAACGAGACGUUGGCAAAAACCAGGACACACUUUGGAUUUUGGGCGGCCCUCAAACCACCUUUAGUCUUGGGUACCGAUUUGUCCCGCCUCUCUAGCGAUAAGCUGGAUAUUGUGAAAAACAAGGACGUCAUUGCGGUAAAUCAGGAUGCGCUUGGGAAAGCGGCGGCCUAUAUCAAGGCGGCAAGUCAAGAGAAUGUGCGGCAAGUUUGGAGCGGUCCCUUAGCUAACGGGGACGCGGUCGUUCUAAUAUUCAACGAGACCCCGACACCUCAAAAUAUUUCCGUGGACGUUUCUCUCAUAGAUGAAUUGAGUAUAGGCGAUAGGCUAGCCAUCAAAGACUUGUGGACUGGGGAGACGUGGUCCUCUAGUGGCAUAAUUUCGGCCGAUGAUGUUGACGCUUGGGAUACUCGGAUUUUCAGGGUGGCGAUUAGCGUAUCAUAA